AUGGAUGCUGGCGUGGUGAAGAGGUUCGGCCAGGUAGGACUCCAUGUUAUCCCUACCCCUUGGCUCACUUCUCUUGUUCCUUCGCAGACGCCGAGUCGGCAUCAGCAUGACUUAAUUCGUCUGCCUCGCCUCUCGAGUGUCUGGAGCUCGUGCUCUCGCCUACUUUGUGCCAAGUCUGCAUGUAUCUUUAAUCACGCCGCUAUAGCUUCGCUGUCCAGUCGGCUGUGCACUGGCUGGACAAACGAAAAUGGUGGCACUCUUCGACGGCCACCUUCGACCGGCACGUGUGGCGGUAUCUUGCAGCGCCGGACACUGAGAGGGCGAGGAGUAGAAUACUAUCGGUUGUUGAGACGUGUCGGAACUGGCCGUCGCUAUUUGACGGGAAUAGGUGAAAACCGAAGCGAAUGUGGACUUGCGAACGGGAGUGGUCGCGGGAUUUGGUCUAGUCUGAACUGUUCGAGCAGAUCAGCAGCAGGCGUUGAACAAGAGACGCCAUCAAAAUCAGCUGUUACUCCUUUAACACCACUGUCAGCCUACUCUUGGCUUCGUCGCCACCAUGUUGCUUGA